AUGCCUUUGGAAUCGGAGUCUGUUUAUCAAUUCUCGUAUUACUCGUAUCAAAUGAUACUCACGGAAGGAGUUGUAGCCGAGGAAUGUUACCUUUCUGUUGACCGGUUCAACGUGGGAUGGGUGAACUUGAUGUUCAAAGUUGGUACAGCAUAUAUCGGUUAUCAAGCAUGUGUUGGCGGAGAAUCUACUGUUCAAAUCCAAAGGUACACUUUCUCUAUAGAUGUGUGA